AUAAUUAAAAUAUAUUUUCUUUAUUCUAGUUGAAUAUAUAUUUACAUAAACAUAUCUAUGGCUAGCGCACCUCCGCCGUAUUCUGCAACGCCUUACCCAGCACCACAGCAGCCAUAUCCACAGCCUGGGUACCAGCAGCAAACGCCGUACCCACCGCAACAAGGAGCUUAUCCUCCACAAGGACCGUACCCACCACCUCAAGGUGGUUACCCCCCGCAGGCAUCUUAUCCACCCCAGGGAUAUCCGCAAGCAAAUUAUAUCACUACCGAUACCAGACACGGAAAGCCACAAAAUGUUGUAAUCGUCCACGAACAUGACAACAGACGAAAACAAGAUUCAGACGCCGGAGAUUGUUUUUUACUUGGAUGUUGCGCCGCUGUAAUAUGUUGCUGUUUAAUGGAUUAAUAAAGUACUGUAUAAGACUCCGCACAGCGUCAAAAAUUUGCACAUUUGAAUUCCACGCAUGUAUGCUAAAUACAACAUGUUAAAACCGAGAGUGCCGAAAGCUUGCAAUUCGUUUUCAUCAAUCAUCAUCUGAAGGUUUUAACAUUACUAAUAAAUAGAAUACCGUGUUUCCCCGAAAAUAAGACCUACCC